AUAUAUUAAGGUACAUUGUCACGAUUAGAAGCUAUAUACAGUAUUACUUAUUUAUUGAAUCGCCAACAAUAUCAAGCAAUAGUUGUUUGAAAAUUAUAUCUUCGAUAAAAAAAAAUAGAAAAUAAAAAAUGGUAAAGGAUGUCCUUGACUGGAUGAUUUCCUUGCGUGAAAUCGGGAAAGUUAUUGUUGUAUUGUAAGGAUGCGUCACGGUCAGAAAUUAACUAUGAAUUUGUAAACAAACCUUCGAGUUCGAGCCCUUUUUGGUAAACGUUUCUUUUUCUAAAGAAAUGUCCUUUCUAAAAGUUUCCACAAUGGCGAAAAGAUAAGAAGCUUGAGAGUGGGGGGUUUAACCAUUUCUGUAUAAAUUAAUGCAUUUCAGUCUUGAUUCAGUUCAGUCUUCGUUCAGAUCUUUGACUAGAACUUAGUUCUUGCUACUGUUCAGCUUCAGCAAGUCAGAUUCUAACUCUCAGGACUUACGAAACCUACGAGAUACUCCAGGAACAAAUCCAGUGUUAAAUACAGUGUUAGUUUGAGUGAAAAGAAAAAGGAAAUGAGCCCGCUAAACAACGUAGACAACGGUGACGCACCGCUCAUCAGAUUGACCGACAGAGAGGUGUCGAUAGAGCCGGAGACGUAUAAUUUGCUGCUGAAAUCCUUCUGUCUACGAAAAAUAGUGGACGAAUUCAUUUACGUUCAAGAUGGUCAAGAUGCUUUGGGACUACGAAAGAGUUAUUGCCAGCUUUGUUUUCACGCCAUGAGACAUCCUCCUGGUUUCCUGCGAUUUAGCAAUUGGCAUUCAAUUUAUAUCUUUAUCGGAGUAGUUCAUCUUCACUGUAAAAUAAGGUGCAACAUGUGCAAUAAACAUUUAAUAUAUGCCGGAGAAGCAGUCAAAUGUGAGGAAUGCGUUGAAGAAUUUGUAGAGAAUUCAGAUAACAAACUUCUCGAGCGAUAUGGAGAAUUAAUGGUGAUAAGUCAUCUUUAUGAUGAAUCGUUAGAUAGAUAA